UUUGCCAAUUGAACUUUGACACGAGCAAAGAGGGCGAGUCGUCGGUCUGAUGCGAAACUUUCACAGAAAUGCUACGUUUUCAGAACAAAUUGCCACUCUUUUGACUCUCAUAAUAUGGCUGAAGGAAAGAGCAGAGACCCCUUACCAUCUUGAAAGCCACUUGGAAUUGUCAACCGACUCAGAAAAAGGCAAGAAAUAAUCUCUCGUUUCGACACGUGAAUGCGUAGACAGAUGAACGAACAGUUGUCACUCGGAUUUUCGUAAUUCCGUACAAGUUGGUGUGUGCAUGGUGAUGACUCAUCAAACAACUCUUGUUGCACGUAUGAAUUACAGUGUUUUUUUUAUCCCAUAGGUUUUUUUCUCAAGUAACAAUUAAGCCUGAAAAAAAGUAAAGUGCCAUUUAGAUUAAUUCUUGUCACCUGACAUGCCAUAUGAUUGCUGUGACGUGCAAAACCUAUCAUGCCUAUGAGAACUGAACGCUGGAAUUAAAACUUAAAAAUGGAAAUUAAAAGUAGGAAAACAUUCACCAUGUCUGAACAGUAAUUUAACAAACUUAACAUCAAGUUCACCAACUGAAUUCUCAAUAUUUGCCUGUUCGUGUUGUCACAUUGAAGAUACCUGACCACUGUUGACAGCAAAAAAAAAUUCAGAUCAAUCGGCAGAAGACAUCCAACUGAGUUGAGUUGAACUUCAAAAGCAUUCCAACAAGUGUGCAUUUUAUGAACUACAUGUAUGAACAAGACGACAUAGUUUUAUUUUGGUCUGGAUUCAAGCAAGAGAAGUGGCCAGAAUGAGUGGAAGUCGUGUGGAUUUGAAAGUCGUGCUACUCGGCAAAGAGUAUGGAGGGAAGACAAGUUUGGUGGAGAGAUAUCUCCACGACAGAUUCCACGGAGAUGUUCCUUACCAAAAUAGAACUUCCAAAGGAAGGCCAUUUUAUACACCAACAAUUGGUGCAGCAUUCGGUGCUAAGAAAAUUGAGGUGGACAGCAGAACAGUUACCAUGGGAAUAUGGGACACAGCCGGAUCAGAACGCUACGAAGCCAUGAGUAGAAUUUACUACCGAGGAGCAAAGGCUGCCAUAGUAUGUUAUGAUUUAACAGAUGGAACAAGUUUUGACAGGGCAAAGUUCUGGGUAGAAGAGCUGAAAAGGAACGAAGAGUUCUGCAAGAUUUAUUUAUCCGGUAACAAGUUUGACCUCGUGGAGAAUGACAAGAGCAGGCGACAGGUGGAUUAUCACAGUGUAACGGAUUAUGCAGAAGAACUCAAGGCGGAAGUUUUUGAAACAUCAAGUAAAACUGGUCACCAAAUCAAAGAACUAUUCUUUAAAAUAGCUCAAGAUUACGUCAAAGAACCUAGGAAUAAUGAUGCAGCGCCUGAAGUCCCGAAGACUCUUAACUUGACUGACAAGCCGAAAAAAGCGGAUUGUGCCUGCUAGCCAGUCACCUGACGCAGUCACCUGACUCGUGUCACAUGACCGUUCAGUAAGAAUCACAGUUACACCAAUGUCUUAUGAAAUUGCACCACAGAGGUGAAAACGAGUAAUCGAAAAAUUGUGGGAAUGGAGGACUUUGAUCAAU